AUGAUGAAGUCCAUAGUGCUCAAGUGCGACUUGUGUUGUUUCUCCAAAGAUGGCUUGUUCUUACUCUACGCAAUUGCAAAUAAAAUAUUUUUAAUCGAAUCUGUGUCGCUUCAGCUAAAUCGGAUAUAUGUGAACAGCUACAGAAUUGACUCGAUUGAAUUUUCAGAAGAUCACAUUCAUUUUUUAAUAUUAGCAAAGGAGCAGGGGUGCGUCUGCGUCUACUCGCUCUAUAGUAGUCACGUCGUUAGGAUUAUACAGGACGCUUUCCAAUCCUACGUCUGUUCCUUUUUUCUGGGCCAGGGGACGAACAUAUGCAUUCAGAAGUACGAGCGGAAAUGCAUUAGCAUCUACGACGCGAACGACGUGAACGACGCGGAGCAUUCUCUAAUCACCAUCCAACAUGUGAAGUCGAAAAAGAAAAAAGCGUAUUGUCUGAACGCAGGACAUGACACCCUUGGCUGCCUAACUGAAACGAACAAGCAAAACAAAAUAGCGUUGCUCUGUUUGCAGAGUUAUAAAAUAAUAAACGAAAUAAUCUGCACUAACUUUAUUCCUAGUGAAAUAUUCUUCUCGACACUGAAUAACAUCAUCGCGUAUAGUAAUAAGUACAAAUCGGUGCAUGUGUACAAGUUGAGUGGAGACCUACUCUAUGUUUAUAACUUCGGGGCGAACUUGGCAUGUGUAACUCUCGCGUCGAACAAUAAGCAGCGGAAUGUCCUCUCACUUGGAAUGGAAGACGAAGUUGUUACAAUUCUACACCUGGAUAACCUGAAAGAAAUAAAAAAAAUAAUUUUAAGCGACAUGGUCAUAAUGAACGAGCAAAUGAAAAUAUAUAAAGAAAAUACCUCCACGAGGAUCUUCCUACAAGGGGUUCUACCUACUGGCGCAAACCACCAGAAGGAGAGGAAGGCAAACUUUUGCUUUUACAGCAACGUCUCGGAAGGCGUUAAGGAAGGGGAAUACAAACUGGUCAAGUGUGAAAAGGAAAAAGGAGCUGAGUCUGUUUUGAAGGGGAUAACAGAUGUAUUGUCUCCAGUGGGGAUCAACUUUUUAUCUUUCAGUUUGUGUGGGACCUUCAUGUCUAUCAUAAGUGGUAUGUCCAGAUCGUCGCUCAAAAAGGGGUGGUGGUUGUCCUGUGUGAUGAGAGUAUGCCUCCAAUUGGGAUGUACUCCUACUGUUGGAAGUGUGCCCCUUUAUGAUCACGUGUCUGCAACGUCCAGUGAGAGAAAAUAA